AUGCCGACCUUUCUGCACAUGAUCACAGUCGUGGGUCCGCCGGUACCGCCAUCAGCAGAAAUCAUCAAGAAAACCCUCCAAUAUGGCCAGGUCGAAGGCGCCCUUUUACCACCGGCACUAAUCGAUGUGCUCUGCCAAACUUCACCUGGCCUAGACGCUCUCCGCCAACUGAAAUUUGUCCAUUACGCAGGCGCCCCCCUCUCGAAAAAGACAGGGGACCAGCUAGCCUCCCACGUCCGCAUAGUCCCCUGCAUCGGCAGCACAGAAGCUGGUGGCUACUUCACUAAGAUUCACGAUCACCGCGACGCAUGGGAUUACAUCUCCUUCCAAGACUAUGCAGGAGCGGUAUUCGAAAAACGACUUGACGACCUUUACGAACUAGUCUUCACUCGUCGCCCGGGGGACUCACCACAACAGAUUUUCAAGUUAUAUCCAGACAUCGACCGCUUCGAAACCAAGGAUCUCUGGACAGAACAUCCAGUUCACAAGGGUCUCUGGAAGAUCAUCGGCCGCACUGAUGAUUACGUCUAUCUCUCUCAUGCGGAUGGAUUGCACGCCUCGCUGUUAGAACCAGAAAUCGAAGCACAUCCACGUGUAAGAUCUGCUUUGAUCGGUGGCUAUGGUCGUCCUGCUCCUGUGCUUAUUGUUGAGCUGUUUUCGACGGAGAAGGGAGAAACUCAGGAGGAGUUGAUCUCUAGUCUGCAGCCGUAUAUUGAGAAGGUAAAUGCCCGGGUUCAUGACUGUGUGAGACUUUCUACGGAGCGGGUCAUCGUUGCAGCGGAGAAGAAGCCGUUUAUUCGGACCAUUAAAGGUAGUGUUGCUAGAAUGCAGACUCUCGCGUUGUAUGAGGACGAGAUUGCGGCGUUGUUUUCUUAG